GGGCGGGGCCGGUAGUCCUGCGAAAGAGGGAAUGGGGGAAGACACCAGCAACGAUUGAGGGAGCUGUCAAACGGCAACCAUCGUGCUGAAUUAUCGCCGCGGACGGAGAAAUAAGCGAGCAUGCCUCAACUGGUGGGAAAGCGAACAUUUUAGGGAGAGAAUUUGUGCAGCGCCGUCAUUACCGAACGUGAGAGGCACGGGUGGGAGGCGGGGGGGCGUUGUAGUUUAGUGGUGAGCUAGCUAGCCAACGUUUCUGCUAGCUGCAGUUUUGUUGACAGACGAGCUAAGCAAGCCAGCCAGCGGUCGAGCACCCGAUUCCCAGUUAUGUUGGCGUUUUGACUUGAUAAACGCCCCACUUUUCCUCUUUUCGUCUCUACGAAAUUAUACAGCAUGAAGCCCUCUCUGCAAGUCCAAAAAGGUCUCCAUCGGCUCGUCGCCCGACAUGUGAGAGCGCCCCCGCUAAGGUGGAACCCCCAAGCUCUGAGCGGCCGCCGCUGAGCCCACCUCGGCAAGUCGACAACAAAUCUGGUGCUCUUGUCAUGUGGGUACAACACGGAAGAAGACUCCCGUUACCCCAACUGGUGUCGCCAUCUUUAUCAUUAUCAUCAUCAUCAUCAUUAUCGUCGUCAUGGACCGAAAUAAACGCAACUCUAUCGCCGCGUUCCCCACGCGACCUGAACGCCUCGCUGAGGACAGAGACGGUGUCGCGGGGCUAGGUGUGUGCGAGAUGGGCGUUGGACCACCAUCGCAGGUGGGCAGAGUGUGCCCUUCGUCCUACCGGGCCCUCAUCAGUGCCUUCUCCUGCCUUACGCGCCUCGACGACUUUACCUGCGAGUGGAUCGGCUCCGGUUUCUUCUCUGACGUCUACAAGGUGUGGCACCGAGCGUCGGAUCAAGUCAUGGCCCUCAAAAUGAACAAGCUCAGCAGCAACAGAGCCAACAUGCUGAGGGAAGUGCAGCUGAUGAAUCGCCUCUCGCACCCCAACAUACUCAGGUUCAAAGGAGUGUGCGUGCACGAGGGUCAGCUUCAUGCUUUGACGGAGUACAUCAACGGCGGCAAUCUGGAGCAGCUCCUGGACGGCAACAAGCACCUAAGCUGGCUUGCCAGAGUGAAGCUGGCCAGCGACCUGGCCGGGGGCCUGGCCUACCUACACGCCAAAGGCAUCUUCCACCGAGACCUCACCUCCAAGAACUGCUUGAUCAAAUGCGACGACAGCGGCGGCUACACGGCGGUGGUGGGAGACUUCGGGUUGGCCGAGAAGAUCCCCGCCAAUCUCACGGAAGGAGCGAAGCUUUCGGUGGUGGGAUCUCCUUUCUGGAUGGCUCCCGAGGUUCUAAGAGAUGAACCUUAUAACGAGAAGGCCGACGUCUUCUCCUACGGCAUCAUCCUGUGUGAGAUCAUCGCCAGGAUCCAGGCUGACCCCGAUUUCCUGCCACGCACAGAGAAUUUUGGCUUGGACUAUCACACCUUCCAGCACAUGGUUGGCGACUGUCCACCCGACUUUCUUCAGCUGGCGUUCAACUGCUGCAAUAUGGACCCCACCCUGCGCCCCUCCUUCCCGGACAUUGUGGGACACCUGGAAGACACAUUGGCGCGUCUGAAAUUAGGCGAGGAGGCUCUCCAGUGCCCCCCACUGGCUGGAGAGGGAGACAAGAAGACGGUGGUGUCGAAAGGGGAGAAAAUUCAGGGCCUAAAGCGACUCAACCCGCUGAUUUUUCCUGAUGACAAAAUCCCGCCCAAAUCUCCACGCCCCCGCCGCAACAUCUGGUUGAGUCGCAGCCAGUCGGACAUCUUUUCAUGUAAGGCCGCGAGGAAGGUGAACGUGCAGGACCCGUACUAUGACCCGCCGGCCUCGCGGCGGGCCACCAAGGCGCACAAGGUCAACCCGUUCACAGCACGCGAGGACCUGUGCGGCGGCAACAUCAAGUUCUACGACGUGCCCAGCAAGUCGGUGUUCUCGCUGGUCUUCGAUUUGCGCUCGCCGCCGGGUAGCGCUUUCGCCAACCGGCCGCCGCCUCACGCCUCGGCUGCUGCCGGCGCAUCCUUCUACUGGCAGCAGCUGCCGGGACGACAGUGUCACUCCUUGCCCGUAUCGCCUCAGCUGCCUCGCUCAGAGUUCUUGUACCGCCACCAUGCCGUCACCGGAACCGCCCCGGCCAUCAAUAACAACAACAACGGGCCGCUGCCCUGCAAGGCGCACCCGCUGGCCUCAACUAUGACAUCGGCCAGCUGCUGGCCUGAGGCGGGCCCGACCGGCAUUGAAGCGCGAAACAAGGCGGCACUGAGCAGCUGGGCCAGGAAAUACACAGUGGUGGAAAUCCCGCCCUACUGUGGGCCAGAGGCGGAAGACGAGACAGACACCGAUGACGACGAUGUGUUUGGCGAGAGCUGGUCUCCGAACAUCCCCCUUGGCGAGGCCAUGGACUGCUCCAGCAUGUUGGAGGACCAACACAUGCAUGUCAUGCCACCUCUGGACUGAAGGGGGCGGUGUGGAUUUCAGAUUCCGAAGAAUGCGGAUUAUGAGAUUUUCUAACGCACCAGUCGCAUUCAAAACGUUAUUGAUCAUAUUCUUUGUAUUUAUUGUUAAUAUUACGGGAUGACUUUGAUUGUUUCCCUCCAUUCCCCCAACUCCACCCCCACCAGAAGAUCAAGUUUUUGCACCAAAACGGAUCUCUUCGGUAGAACUGGAGAAAUCGCUGCUUUCGUUCCCUCCAAAUUCCGACAAUAUGCGCUUUCCAUCCGUAAUGGCUUUACUUGCUGUUCCUUGAGUGGACAUCCUUAAUGCUUCUGUUAGAUUCAAAAUCUUGAAUCUUGAUGCAGUUUCAGGCAUUCACCAGCAACCAUGUUGUCCUGUUAUGUUUUAAUCUUCUAUAAGCAAUUAAGAGAUUAUUUAGUUUGCGUCCAUAGGAACUAAAAUGCACUAUUCUGUCAUCUUUUUCUAUGCAAAAAAUAAUUUCGCACUGUUGCGCAGAAUCGAGGAUGUAAUAUUUAUGUGUAUAAAAAAAACAAAUGCAAAAAACAAGUCUUACCUUUGUAUAUUUGUGUAAAAUAUGUGCAGACUGAUUUUGCUUUGAAAUAACAAAGCUUCCCUCCCGAGUGUCAUUUCAGUCUCAAUAAAAACUUUUUGAAUCUGA